AUGUGUAGGAAUGGCUCCCUGCGUUUAGAGUUGCUGCUCCUGAUAAACUGGGCAUGAGAUGCUCAGGCCGCCUGACAAUCCGACCCUGUUGUCCUAAUGAUUCUACAGAGUGUACUUUUGAUGUUGGAGUACCAGUUGAUGCAUGGUGGUGUGAUGGCUGGUGGGAAGGUGUUGUUACUGGAGUUAACAUUUCAGGAACUGAUACUCUACAAGUCUACUUCCCUGGUGAGGAGAAGCUUAUGAUUUUCCAGAGAAAGGAUGUUAGGGCUUCCAGAGACUGGGUUGAGAACACAUGGGUUGAUGUGAAGGCAAAGCCUGAUAUUCUCUUACAUAUAUCUGAAAAUAUCAGUUCUAGCAUGAAGCUUUUAACAAUCUCUGCUAGUUCUAUGGCAGAAGAAAAACAGAAAUUACCAGAUUUAUCCCCACCUGAUGAUGUAUUUGGAAAUGUGAAGAGGGUGAAUUUGAGGAAGCGGCCUUGUACCAGUAAUGAGGAUGAAAAGAACAAUUCUAGUGGCGGCGAUGGCGGUGAUGAUGGUACUUGCAACAAGGAUGAAUUGAUUUAUAAGGAAGAAGUUGAUCCUGCCUAUGAGAAAUCUGAAACACCGGGAGCCACAGAAAUGGCUUCUCAGGGCUGAGGUGGAGAUUUUUUUUACUUUUGACCAUAGGAUCCUGGAAGGUUGGGUUCAUUGUUCUUGUAGAUAAGAUGAACUGUCGGGAAUAGGGAAUCUAGAUAUGCAAAGUACUAUUAUCAAGUUUCUAACAUCAUGAGAAUUGGCAGGUGUACAGCUAUAUAUCUGAUAGGUUUAAGUUUAUCGAGUUCAACAAGUGCUCAAGUAAAUGUAAUCUGAUGGUCAUCAGGUUAGGCAGUAGCAGCUCAACUCACUCUUAGUAGUAAUUAGUGUGUGCUUUUGCACCCAUGCAUGAGCGGUGAACUUUUAAAAAUUUCCCUUUGUAUCUUAAUGGUAUCUUUUAAGUAUAGUUUCUUUCAGUCUUUAGAUUUAAUUGUAAAGCUUAUAAAGGUAUUGCUUUCUAAACAACUUUUAUUCAAGAAUAGGAUUCGGAUCGGAUGUAGUUGAUGUUAAUCAUCUUCGUCUCAGUAUUAAGGAGUGAUAUGGUAUCAUU